AUGGAAAACGCAGCGCUAACUCGCCGCAAAACUGUUGAUGGGUCGGAGAGCGGCGACUCAUUCCUCGACGAGGAGGAGAUUCGGAACGUGAGAUCCAGGAGAGCAUCGCAAAAACAAUGGUGGAUUGGGUUUCUCAUCAUUCAUUCCAUUAUUUUGGCCAUUUAUGUGGGUACAGCUUUGCGCAUGCAGGGACAGUUGACGACACUGCGCAAACAUGGACUGCAGCUAGUCCAGUCACCGGCUUCUGAAGCGCUGGAAUGGUCUGAGACGACAUUUGUUGAGAACAGCUUUUCCCAUGGCCCAUUUUCUGGAUAUCCCCGGGACGAAAUUAAUCAAAACUGGCAUGACCUUAUCAACGCUGAAAACAUCAUCGUUGAGCCUGAAAUCAUCGCUCGCCUCGGGCGCGAAGACAUUGCGCUGGCCGAUCCCGAAGGUCGAGGCUAUCUUGGAACGCUAAACGUGUAUCAUCAACUUCAUUGCAUUAAACGACUCUGGCAGUAUACUUAUCCAGAAGUCUACCGGAAAAACCAGACGGCGGCGCAAGCUGAAGCAGAUCGCCUGCACAAAGAGCACUGCUUCGAUUUCCUUCGCCAGUCUAUAAUGUGCCUUGCCGACGUUGGCAUCAUCACGUAUCAGUGGUCUGAUGAUCGCCUGGUGCCCAUCGCCAACUCGACCACACACCAGUGUGCCAACUGGAAAAAAUUGGAUGAUUGGACCAAGAAGCGAACCGUCGAUAUGAUGAAGCCGGGCUGGCUAAUCCACCCGACUAAAGGGUACGCAUACAAAGACGGAGAUCAUCAGCAUUAG